GACUAUUAAUGCCUGUAUUUGGAUUUUCGCGCGAAAUAAGUGCUUUCUUUCGCGCUUGCGUGUGGAAUUGAGUGGCCUCACUGUGAGAAACAAAAAUACGCACAUUUUUUAUCGUUCUCACAGUCAUACAAUUCAUCACUAUGGGAAUUCACGGGCUUGCAAAGCUGAUUGCAGAUCACGCGCCUUCAGCCAUCAAGGAGCAAGACAUCAAAAGCUUCUUUGGAAGGAAGAUUGCAAUUGAUGCAUCCAUGUGCAUCUAUCAAUUUUUGAUUGCGGUCAGACAGGAUGGUAAUGUUUUACAGAAUGAAGAUGGAGAGACCACUAGCCACCUCAUGGGCAUGUUCUACAGGACCAUCCGAAUGUUAGAGAGUGGCAUCAAGCCUGUGUAUGUGUUUGAUGGGAAACCUCCCCACCUGAAGUCAGGAGAGCUGGAGAAGAGAGGAGAGAGAAGAGCAGAGGCUGAGAAACUUUUAGCUCAGGCACAAGAAGCAGGUGAACAGGAGAACAUUGAUAAAUUUAGCAAGCGUCUAGUAAAGGUCACCAAACAACACAAUGAUGAAUGCAAGAGGCUACUUACGCUAAUGGGCGUGCCAUACAUUGAGGCUCCAUGUGAAGCUGAGGCAAGCUGUGCUGCUCUGGUGAAGACAGGGAAGGUGUACGCCACAGCAACAGAAGAUAUGGAUGGUCUGACAUUUGGAACAUCUGUCCUGUUAAGGCAUCUAACAGCCAGUGAAGCAAAAAAGCUUCCUAUCCAAGAGUUUCACUUCAGUCGAAUUCUGCAAGAUAUGGCUUUGACACACCAGCAGUUCAUUGACCUGUGUAUCCUGCUGGGCUGCGAUUACUGUGGUACUAUUAAAGGAAUUGGACCCAAGAGAGCCAUCGACCUCAUUAAACUGCACGGCUCUAUUGAAGAGAUUCUUGAUAAUAUUGACCCAAAUAAGCAUCCAGCACCAGAAGACUGGCUGUAUAAAGAGGCUCGGGGUCUCUUCUUGGAGCCUGAGGUUGUGGACUGCGGUACUGUCGACCUCAAGUGGAAUGAACCUGAUGAGGAGGCACUGAUUCAGUUCAUGUGUGCUGAGAAGCAGUUCAGUGAAGACCGUAUUCGUAAUGGUUGCAAGAAGAUCAUGAAGAGUAGACAAGGAAGCACCCAGGGCAGACUCGACACAUUCUUCACUGUUACUGGAUCAAUCUCCUCCAAACGCAAGGAACCAGAAAUAAAGGGCUCUGCCAAAAAGAAGCAGAAGACAAGUGCUACACCAGGAAAAUUCAAGAAGGGCAAAUGAAAGAUUUCAUCUUAGUGAUGAGUACUGAACAAUAGUGCCCCAUUUACACAAGUUAUUUCAUGUUGAGGAACAAAAAAUAUAAGCAACAUUCCCCAUGCAAAUUUUAACGAACUACCGUCAAGUGUUUUAAGUGCUCUGUUUUUUGUGUUCUGGACUUUCUUAAAUAAAGAAACUAUUUAACAAUA